AAAUAGCCCAGUCAGGGGAUAUAGGGCAUGAUGGGAAGGGUUAGAUGACGAGAGCGGCCAUUUUCAAAAUUUUAGUUGAAUGAAAGGGAAGAAGUUAAGUAUUUCGUAAGCACUAUCAGGGAAACAACAAUGUAUCGGCCAUCUCAAAUUGGCAGCAGUAGCUCCAGACGUUCCUCGGCCAGCAGUGGGCGGGCCUCAAUAGCUCCACUCAGGGUCAAGCCAGACAACAUCGGACGAUCCAACAAUGCGGGCGCGUCCAAACGUCACAGCACCGACAGUGGAGCAGGCAGCAGCAGGCUGUCCACCGGCAACAGGAAAUCAGUCUCCCAGAAACAUGGCUUCAUCAACACCAAACGGCAGUCCAGCGGGUACGGAGGCAGGAAUUUUGGCCACGACAUCAUGAAGGACACGCGGCCCCUCAGCGACAAGUCCUACAUGCAGCAAGAGAUCCGCGACAUCAUCGAGUUCCUGACACAGCACGGCUACCCGCAUCCCCUGAACGCCAAGAUGCUGAUGACGCCAACGACCAAAGACUUCCUGAAGAUCUUCCAGUUCCUCUACAACUUCCUGGAGGUGAAAUACGCCCCGGCGCAGAAGUUUGAAGAGGAGAUUCCACAGAUCUUCAAGACACUCAAGUAUCCGUUCAACAUCUCCAAGAGUUCCAUGUUCACCGUUGGCAGCCCUCACACCUGGCCCAACAUCCUGGGUGCACUGCACUGGCUCCUCAACUCGGUCAAGUAUGCCUUGGGUGUGGACGAGCAGUCGAUGCUCUUCUCGGCUCAGCUCGCAGACGAUCAGGGAGACGAGUUUGAUUCAGUCACCGAUUCAGAGGUUUUGUUCAACUAUGUUGAGGGAGCUUACAAGGAGUUCUUGGAUGGGGCAGACACGUUUGAAGAAAGAGAGAGAGCCCUGGAACAGAGCAUCAAGCAGCGUAGCCUGGGGCAGACGGGCAACUUGGAGCAGUUAGCAGGGGAGGAGCAGCGCUUGUCUGCCGAGCUUCAGCUGCUGCAGCAGGAACCGUGCCGCCUGACAGCACUCCAGGAGCACGCUCAGAUGAUGGCCAGCGACAACGAGCGCUUCCACAAGUACCUGCAGGAGCUGACGGGGCAUCAGCGCUUCCAGCAGCAGAAGCUGCAGGACCUUGAGCUGCAGCUGCAGCAGGCAGAACUGGACUUGGAGAAGACGGCGACCGAGAAGGAGAGGCUGGAGCACCGGCUGGCCCACCAGGAGCUGUCGGCCGGCGACGUGCAGCGCCUCCACGCUGAGAUGCGGCAGCUGAACGCCACCCUGGAGGCCAUCGAGAAAGACAAGCAGGGCAUCGACCAGGAGAUCUGGGACAGGGAAAAACAGAUUGCCAAGAAACAGGAACAGCUUGAGAAGCAUGUGACUCAGUUCAACAACCAGGCCAGGACUCUGAACCUGAUUCCCUCCACGGCGGAGAACGCCCACGGCAUCGACUACGAGAUGAAGAUCAGCUUCUACAACACCCAGGGGAACGCGGCCUCGCUCGUGGACUUUGCCAGCACCGUUAAGCCCGCUCUGAUUCAACUGAAGAAGCAAGUCAACGAAGAAAUGCACAAGCUGAACAGCCAGAAACUUCUCGAGGAGGAAACCCUGGAACAGUUGACCGAGAUGGUGGAGAGCAAACAGGAAGAAGUGAGCAAGCUGGACACACGGCUGCAGCGUCGGACCAAGGAACUCGAAACACUGAAAGAGAAAGUCAAGGAGGAGAGUCGACAGCUGGCCGAGCAGCAGAGCCUGCUGGAGCAGAAGAUCCAACAGAUGCAGGCGGUGGGCGACUCCGACCAGAAUAGGGCACAGGCUGAGCUAAAUGAACUCAUCACCAGGUGUCAGGAGCAAGUGGUGGAGAUGCAGCAAGAAUACAAGGACUAUGAGCAGUUCCUCCUGCUUGCCUGCACCAAGGUAGCAGAGCACAAGGCCAUCAUUGAUGAACGCAUCGAUGAGCUCAACCAGCAAGCAUCUGUGAUGCUCUCGAGGGUUCAGAGCGUUGAAUUACCCCCUGCAGCACCAGCCAAAUGAUCCAAUCACUACAUUGCAUUGAAUUGUUGUCAGUGGAAAUGUCAAGAAACAUUGUACAGCUAGAAACGCUCCAAACCUGUCUUGAACCUCACUUAACACCUUUCUCUGUUAUGGUCUACAGACUGGACACUCGGCAUCCUUAACCGUAGCUGUUUGAGACUUCCCAAUUGUAAAGUAUAUUUGUUUAUAAACGCAUGCUUGUCCUACAGAGGGUCAUAGUUUAUCAUCAACUUGGAUGGACAGCACUUAUUAUCAAACCCAAACCCCACUGUUUAAAUUCAACAAUUAAUGCCCAUUUACAGAUGGGAGAGUUUAUCUUGUGCAAAAGCAUGCGCUGACUCAAGUCAAUUUGUGCACGAUUUGCCAAUUCUCCGUGAUAUCAGGCUUGCAGCUUCUUUCCUCAGAUCAGCUAAUUAAUUUUGUACUUGACCUGUGCUCAACUCUAACCAACCCAGAAAUUGAUUAGGAUGUUGAGGACGAGAGAUAGGCUUUUGGAUGACAUCUGUCGGCCAUUCAAGAAUGGUCUUUGCACCUUUAGUCUCUGGCCAUGAGCUGUUUGUCUUACUUUGCCGUAUUGCAUACAAUUCUCGUACAAAGAGGAUUUCCCAGCAAGAGCAUGGGUAGCAGCACAGCAGAAUUCCUGAACAGAUUUCUUGUACUUGGUAAUUGUUUUAAUAAUUUCUGUACAAAUUCAACACGCCAUUGUGGUCACAGUUGCUUCAGUCAAAACAUUAUACAAAAACCAGUUUCAUUCUCCGACUUUUAAUAAGCUCAGGCCGUGUCCGAAACGGGCUUCCAGAGCUACGGCUAGGUCUAUUGUCUGCGCGUCUCCACGCAUUUCCAAUGGAGCGAAGACCUAGACCUAGCUCUAGACAAGAGAUUCGGUUGCGGCCUAAGUAACGUUCGUCUCUGUGGGUUAAGUACAGAGGGCAUACAGAGAGUCACAGCUUAUGGUAAACUUUGAAACUUUCAUGGGGGGAAGAUUAACCGUGCUGGAAGACAGACAUAUACAUAGAUUACUUUCAAGUUCCAGACCUCGCAGUUCAAAGCCUAUUCCCGCUGAUUUUUGUGCAAGACUGUACCACAAAUUGGCCAGAAAAAGUCUCAAAAUUGCAAUCUUAAUCACGUAAGGUUGCCCAUGGGGAAAGAGAGAAAAAAAGCAUAUUCCCCAUGUUUUGUAGAGAGAAGAGGGUAAACUUGGGGAACAGAACCUCUUGACGGUCUAAACAUUCCUUUUGGAACACGGGACAAACAAGCCCUGUUCCAAGCAUACAGAUGUGGCAGCAAGCAUUUUAUCACAGUGGCACUGUGGAAUGUACAGAAACUUAAUGUGAAUGCAACAAAAGGAACUUCUUUUUUCGCUUUGAUGUUUUAUGAUGAAUGGACGCAGACCGUUCAUCUGUGUGCACUUUAUCCAUAAGAUUAGCACAAAUAUAUACACGUAUGCCCUUUUUUUAGUGAAGUGUGAAUAUGUUAGAAUAAAACUUGUAGUUGAUGUGAUUACAUUA